AUGGUAAAACAAGGACAAGGCACAUAUCCGGUUAAGAAGACUGAAUUCCCACCUCCUCCAGCUAACAUAGGCCGUAUAGGAUCGUUGAAGAGGUAUCCAGAUUGUGAUUAUGCGAAAUCAUUACUAUACGAAGCAGCGCGUUUGGUGGCACCGAUAAUACAUGAAUAUAAGUUUAAAGUAUCCAAUUUAUAUGAAAUGUUUCCUAAAAAUGCUAAUCUACUAGGAUUGAAUGUUAAUUAUGGGCAAAAGAUAAUGAUUAGACUACGACCACAUCACAAUGAUAGAUCAUUUCUUCCUAUGAAUGAAAUUGUGGGUACUUUUUUACAUGAACUAACACAUAAUAAGUUUGGACCACACGAUAAGAAGUUCUAUGAUUUUUUGGAUAAGUUGAAAGAGAGAUAUGAAGAUAUACAUUAUAGAGGUGCAUCAGUUAAUUAUUACAGUGAACAGAAUAAACUAGGUCGAGGUGGAUUGCCUUCAAGCAGUUUGAUAUCAGUCAGGGAGAAAAGAAUCAAGGAGUUGAGUAAGCCAAAAUUCAAGACAGAAUCAAAGGUAUUGGGACUGGACACACGUGUUUCAAAACAAAAUACACGCCCAGUAGAUAUGAGGAAAGCUAUGCUUGAAGCAGCAGAACGUCGAUUACGAGAUUCCAAAUGGUGUCACAGCGAAAAUGCUCAAGAAGAACAACUACCUAGUGAUGAUGAGUUUGAUAUUGAAAUAGUGGAAAGAGAUGCUUUUAAAAAGGGUAGUAGAGAAGAGACGAAAUCAGAGGAGAAGCCUAGGCACUCGAUGAAUGUUCAAGCCAAAUCCCAAUCUAAACAAAUAGAAAUUAUUGAUUUGACAUCCGAUUCAGAAGAAACUGAAAGUAAUGUACCCGAGAUAAUAGUUAUAGAUUAG